ACUCUGAUAACUUAAAGAACCGCCACUUGACUCCACUUAGGACUCUGAGGGGUCUCAUCAUCUUACUCAUCUUCCUCUCUACUGCCUUCAUGUUCCUCAUCUACUUCGCACCACCUUUUGCUCUAGCUCUACGCCUUCUCAGCGUCCACCAAUCUAGAAAAUCUAUAUCCUUCAUCUUUGGUCACUGGCUAGCUCUAUGGCCUUACCUCUUCGAAAAAGUCAACGGAACAACAGUAAUUUUCUCCGGAGACACCCUUCCCGUAGAGAAACGUGUUUUGCUAAUAGCAAACCACAGGACAGAGGUGGACUGGAUGUAUCUUUGGAACAUCGCAUUGAGGAAAGGCUGUCUUGGUUACAUCAAGUACGUCCUCAAGAGCAGCUUGAUGAGGCUGCCUAUCUUCGGCUGGGGGUUUCAUGUUCUUGAGUUCAUACCAGUUGAGAGGAAGCGUGAGGUGGACGAGCCUGUUAUGCUUCAAAUGCUUUCAACGUUUAAAGACCCUCGUGAGCCCUUGUGGCUAGCUCUCUUCCCUGAAGGAACUGACUUCACUGAAGAGAAAUGCAAGAGAAGCCAAAAGUUUGCAGCCGAAGCUGGUCUUCCAACGCUAUCAAACGUACUUUUACCGAAGACAAGAGGCUUUAGCGUUUGCUUAGAAGCUCUACAUAACUCUUUGGACGCAGUAUACGAUUUGACCAUCGCAUACAAGCCUCGCUGCCCAUCUUUCAUGGACAAUGUAUUCGGUACUGAUCCUUCAGAAGUUCACAUCCACGUAAAGCGAGUUCUAGCAAAGGAGAUUCCAGCAAGCGAGGCAGAGUCUUCUGCUUGGUUAAUGGAUUCGUUUAAGUCCAAGGACAGGCUGCUAUCUGAUUUCAAUGCUCAAGGGCAGUUCCCAAAUCAAAGACCAGAAGAAGAACUAUCUAUUCUCAAGUGCAUUGCAACAUUUGGAGUGAUAGUAUCUUUGACGGUACUGUUUCUUUAUCUGACCUUGUAUUCACAUAGCUGUUUCAAAGUAUAUGUUGGUCUAAGCUUCACAUAUUUGUCUUUUGCUAUUUACUACAAGUUCCGGCCCUCACCAUCUGUUGGCUCUUGUAAAGGAGGUUCUUGUAAAGAAUCAAAAACCCAUUAACUCUGUUGUACAUACAUUUUUUUUUCAGACAAGAAUAUACAGGAUCAAAAGA